CAAACAAACACACACAUUUAUAAACAACUACGGUAUUUACAUCAACAUCCGCUAUCGAACUCAGUUUCCAGUCUCAUGUGCUCUCAUUCUGAAGAAACAGUCAAGGCAAGAACAACAUUUAUAUGAUUUAAAAAGAAAUAUGGCCACUUAUUUCAUCAUCAUCACACUGUUUCUAUCUACCAACGCUAAAGUGAUGCGGAACAACGCGCUUAUGACGAAAAUGGUGUCGAAAUUCCACAAAGAAAUAGAACCCUCGGUAGAGGACAUAAAACCUGAAUCCAUUUUGAAUAGAAUGCAAACACUCCUAUGCAAGAACUUCCAAUCAGUUCCCUGCGAAAUGAUCACGCAAGACACUGCUCUGCGAAGGCUGAUUGAGCAAUCGAUACAACAAAUAAACUACAAGAAACACAAACUGGAGAAAACAACCUCACCAACUACGUACCUAACACUGUUCCCUAUCCUUAACGACGACGCAACCCCCGUCAAACAUAAGCCCCGCGUGAGGAAAAGCAAAACAAAACACAACUACAAAAGCAAAGACACGCGAACCGUUUUCAACAGGAAGAAGAUGAGGAAAUUCUAUCCGCACAAAGUGAAAUACAAAGAUAAAAAUGCAAACGUAAAGAAGGACUUCGGCGACUAUUCUGAGGAUAAGCUCUCUAUGUCGGUGGAAGUACCGGAUAUGACGUUGACCAAAAGGCACCAGCAUUUAUCUUACAAGGUGGAGCCAGCCGAGCCACCGGUCUGGCGCAUCGAUUACAUGAAACACGGUGAACCCAGUUUGAACAUGUUCGGCUUUGAAGAUAGACUGAAAGACAAAAUAAUAAAGGGCCCAAGUGUCCCCGUCGCCGACGUGGCGGAGCGAAACGAUGCUCACGUGAAUAAGAAUUUCGUAAGGAAGGACAAUGCGAAUCUUGAUUCUGAUAUUGUUGAAUAAAAUUAAUUAAAUAUAACA